GACGCGUGUAGAUUCCAACGUGUAAUCGCCUUAACUGUUUAUCUUUGCUGAAUGCCUUGACAUCGAACACUCCAUAUUUACACGUGCUCUCUUCGGCGAUGGAUCUUCGCUUCGGACUUAUCGCGAUCUUCCUGAUCCUUGACGUAAGCUUCGUCUGGACCACCGACGACAAAAGUUCAGGCGAUCAUAAUUCCUCGAAAAAGAAGAACCCGCCCAAAGUUGAAUUCAGUUCAAACAUUGCGAACAAUCCUUUUCUCCAGAGUGCCUUAUUACAACAUCGCCCCAGUAUUGAGAGCAAUCCCUUCUUACACUCCUCCAGUGGCAACAACAGUCAGAACCAAGUUGGUAUACAGCAAACCAUUUUUUUGCCACAGGAGAACAAGAGUUCCAGCGUUGUAACUAUCGUUAUCUCCAAGAAUCCUUUUUUGAACCCUCAAGGAGCUGAUAUAAGGGUUGAUACAGGAACUACUAAUCGGCCAGGCACCUAUGCGCCUGUUACACAAAGACCUAGACCACCAGAACCAGAAAAUAAUUCUUUUACUUUCCCUAGUAAAGUUCAACCUUCGGGACCAAGCAUAUUGCCAGAUCGGACAUCCUUAACAUUCGGUUUGAAAACGAAAUCAGAACUUAAAUGCAAUGAAUACGUGAGAGAAAUUGUGGGCACGACCGAGAUAGCGCCUCUAGUCGGCACAUCCGGCGUGAUCAAGAUAAACAAUGUCUGCGGUGAUGCGAAUCGACUGGUGAUCGGCGGCACCGAGGCUAGAGUCGGCGAAUUCCCCCAUAUGGUCGCCCUUGGCAGACGUAACUUUGAUCAAACAUUCAAAUUGAUAUGCGGCGCCACGUUGAUCUCACAUACCUGGGUACUUUCUGCUGCGCAUUGCACUCAUGGGCCAAAUGGCGGUCCAUCUGAGGCUCGAGUAGGUUUCCAUAGAUUAACGGAUCAGCAACUCGGCGUCACAAUUGCCAUUAAGAAUAUGACACGACAUCCAGAUUAUGCACCACCCGCGAUGUACGCGGAUAUUGCUUUGAUAGAGCUCGCCAGCGCCGUUACGUUUACCACAUCAAUACGACCCGCUUGUCUCUACCAGCAGUAUGAUUCCGUGCCUACGAGCGCCUGGAUCAGCGGAUGGGGUGUCACUGAAUUCGCUGGAGAUCAGAGUGAUCGGUUACAGAAGGCUCAGUUGGAUCUGGUGGAUAAUUUAGUGUGCACGAUAGCUCACAACAACAGUCUCAGGGAAGUUCCGCGCGGCGUUACGCCGAACAUGAUCUGCGCCGGCGAUCCUCGCGGCGGCUGGACUAAGGACACUUGCCAGGGCGAUUCUGGUGGUCCUCUACAAGUGCUCCAUCCUAAGAAUCAGUGUCUCUUCCAAGUGAUCGGCAUCACCAGCUUCGGACAGGGCUGCGCGAUUAUCAAUUCGCCCGGCGUUUAUACCAGAGUGUCCCAUUACAUUCCUUGGAUCGAAAAUACCGUCUGGCCGUAAGAAUAAUAAAUUUAUUCAACCCAAAAAAACUCAAACUAAAGACUAAGACGUCUGUGACAUUUGAAAUUACGUUCUUGUCGGUCUUGUAUAACAUUCGUUCACAGUUUAAAAAUAAUUUGACAAUUUUUGAUCGAUGUUAUUCACGCUUCAGUUAUUGCCGAUCAAAUAGUUAAUUACAUGCGUUACUUUAAUUAUAACAAUGCGAUAAAAAAAGUAGUCUGCGAUAUUCUAGUAUAAUGAAAGUAGGAAUGGAAAGUCGCGAGAAAAAAUAAAUUGAUAAAACAUA